AGGUUAUUGCUUCUUUAUACAUUUUUAUUUAUUAUAAGGUUUAAUUACAACUAAAGCAUAUAGUAUAGGGUAUAGAUUUGAUAAAAGUACUGUGUUAUACUAUACUUAUAGUGCAGAUUAGUACACCCUACACCCGAGGCAAGCCAAGAAUAUGCUUGGGUACUCAAGUAGAUCCCCAGCACUGAUUGUACGCGAACAGCCAUAGCUUUAGGUAUAGGUAUUCAUGGCUAAUGCGUGGGUAUCGCCCAGGUGGAAUGCUGUCGAAACGCCGCCAUAGAAGCUGUUGUUUUCCAGAGCCUGAGCACCGAGCACUGAACGCUGAACACUGUCUCCGAGCUUACGCAUGCCGAUGAGGCAAGCUCGCUGUGGGUGGGAGCGAGAGGGCGCGAGUGGAGAGAGAGGGAGAUGGCUUAAUAAGCGCACAGCGCAUGCGCAGCCCGAGUUCGCGAUACAUACCUGACAUACACCGGGAAAAACGAGUGAAAUCUUUAUGGUACUUGAUAAUCUCACUUAAGAAUUAGUUGGAUUAAUGAAUUCUUCAACAACCAAAAGCAAUUCGUCAACUUCUCUAUCUGUUAUUUCUAUUAAAGAAGCACUUUAAAAAUACAUUAUUCUAACACCUAACUUGAACUUAAAUUGGUAAUUGCAUUUCAUCAAUGAAUUGUAAGAAAAAAAAAUGAUUUUAAAGAACCCAUUCUGGUUUUCUACCUAAGAUAGUAAUCGACAAUUCUAAGCAGAAGGUUCAAAUAGAUUUCUACAACAUCUAAAAACAAUUUAAACUGGAAAUCAUGGCAUGUAUUUAUGAGUUUACAUACAUUUUACGUACAUUAAGGGAGUGCGAGGGAGAUGCAGAUAUGCAUGCAGCACAUCGGCUGUUUGAGAGGUGUCACACUUUAUUUGCUCAUAUCUUUUUAAUGGAUGAUCCGAUUUAAGCCAUUUAACCUCCCUGAUUAUAAGAACAAAUUCCCUUUUCAUACUGACGACAGUAAUAGAAAUUGGCACUCCAUCGACUUAAAAGGUGAUCGAAUUAGCCCAUACAUUUUCCCCAGUGCACUUGUAUUUCAACUGGUACUCAUACCUUGGCAACUCUCAGUCGUCGCGUAAUCAUUAAACCAUAGCUCGGAUCUGGUGGGACGGGCGGAGUGCUGUGUUGGGGGCUCUGUUGUGUUGUGUUGUGGAGUCAGUUGGAGCGACCAGGGGUAUUUGAGACCCGCAGCGAGCAGCAAGUCAAAAUACCAGUUUUCCCGAGCAACAAAGCGAACCUAUCUAUAGAUACCUUCUGGUGUUCCAGUGUUGGUGUGGCUGUGCCUGUGCCUGUGCCUGUGAAGCUGCAUACAAAAGAUACUUACCUACCUGCACAUAUAAACAUACAUUCGCCGAUCUUAGAUGUGUGUGCCAAAAUUUUCUUACAUGCGAAGGAACACUAAUCCAAUUAAUUGUGAAUAUUUUUGAGACUCCAGCCCGCCACCAAUUUAGCUGUUUCUCUGGCUCUGGAGAGCCCGGCGCGGAACUGCCAAGCGAAAUGAACCUGGAGCAAGGGCCAGCUGUGGCCAGAAGAGGACGGCUGGGCCUGCUGGCCAGCCUCCUGGUCCCGAUCCUCCUGCUCGGCGGCCAGACGGCCGCCCAGUCCAAUUAUGUGCAGCACGGCGACAGCGGCAACUACACCACCAACGGGCUGCCCGAGGAGGCGACUCUCGACGGCAAGGUGACCAAGCUGGACGACAUCAGUCCACUGAUAUUCCUCAACCGAACGAAGGCUGCUCUCAACUGCGCCGCAGGAUCCAUGCAGGUCGAUCUCAAGUUCAACGAUCCGUUCCAUGGCAUCAUCCAGGCCGACUAUGACCGCAGCAGUGCCUGCCGCGUGAGUGGAAAAGGAGCUCUCAGCUACCGACUCGAGCUGCCGCUGAAAGGAUGCGGUACCAUACAGAACCCCACCCGUGUGUUCACCAACAACAUCAUCGUGCGCUUCCACGCCAACCUGGAGAUGGAUGGCGACGAGAUCAUCACCAUAGUCUGCCGCUAUCCUCCUCCUGUGCCCUCGCUGCCACCCGCCCUGCCAGCUCCAAUCUUGAACCCCAUUGCCACCAGCUCCGUGCUGCAGCCGCCGCUGAAGAGCAUCCAGAUCCUGAUGAUCAUCUGCGCCAUCAUGUUCCUCACCCUGCUGCUCCUGGGACUCGCCGUUUCCUACUACUGUCUGCGCAGCCGCUCCAUUCCGGUGGUGCGCCGCCUGCCCAUGAGCAUGGGCAGUGGCUCGGAGAUCACCAAGCUGAGCGGCAGCAGUGUGGGCAACAUCAGCGCCUUCGAGGGCGUCAAGAUCCCGCGAGCGCACGCCGCCCUCCAGGCGGUCUACAGCUCCUCUGGCAGCGAGGGAGCCCUCAUUCCCUCGGACUACCCCAGUGAAUCGCACUCGGAGAUCGAGGAGAUCGACACGCGCUCGCUGCCCUUCAGCUCGGCGGGUAGCUUCGAGAAUCGCGCCUUUGUCCACGAGACGUCGAGCAUCUACAGCGACCACUAUGUGCCCGCCCAGGAGCUGCCGUCGGCGAACGCGGUGAUGACCACCACGGCCAUGACCCGCCACUCGAUUCCCAUCCAGGAGGCCGUGGCCGCCGGUUCGCCCAAGUUCGACGUUCAGGUGCGGGUGAAGAAGAGCCCGCCGCCGCCACCAUCGCCGGUGACCUCGGAUACGGAGAGUGUGGCCACUCUGCGUCCGGAUCGCAACAAUCUGUCCACCAUUAUGGAGGCCUACGAGGAUCGUGAGAGCGUCCUCACCAUGGACUCACUGCCGCCGCAGGUGGAGACCACGCACUCGCAGUUCACCUACGUGCCGGAGCUGCAUCCCGCUCCGCAGGUGCCCCAGAUGAUUCCGCCGCCAGUCGUUGCCGAACCCAAGUUCUCCGUCUACACUCGCACCCACCACGAGGUGGUGGAUGGUCGUCCGGAGACCUGGUCGGACUACACCGAUGGACCGGCGCCCAGUGAGAUCACCGACCUGUCCUCCGAGGCUCCGGACAUGACGGUGGUGGACACGAUGCACUACUACGAGGAUGAGUUCGUGCCCGCGGAGGUGACCCUACCGCCGCCGGUGACCUCGCACACCGUCGACGAUGUGUACCUGCGCACGGUGACCGAGAAGAAGACCAUCGAGGACAUCGAGUGCCACAAGCGCCGGGUCACCGAGUACAAGAGCAAGCCGAGGGCGCCGCUGCCACCGCCACCACCGCCGCCGGUGGAUCCCAAGUUCGAUGUGCGGGUGCGGAACUAUCCCAGCGAUCGGGAGCAGCAGCUGUGGGAGAACUUCUCGGACAUCUCCAGUGCCUCCGGCCUGACCCUCACGCCCAAGAUGGAGCGCAGCGAGCUGACCCUGCCGCCGGCGGAGCUGCCCGCCCAGAUCCAUGACAACAAGCUGAAGCUGACCAGUCCCGAGCUGGUGGGCAACAUGAAGCCCAUCGAGGUGCCGCCGCAGGACAAGGAUGUGCCCAACUGGGACGUGCUCAUCCGCAUCCUCGAGGAGCCCGAGAUGUCGGAGGUGGGCAACGACGACGUCAGCUCGGUGCACAACCUGAGCUACGACGACCGGGCCAAGUGGAAGGAGAUCAUCACCACGCAGUCCUCGCUGCGCACCAUGCUCACCGAGGCGGUGGUGCGGGAGGACUUCGAGCGGAUCCGCCAGGACACGCGGUACGAGCACGUGUUCGAGCCGCAGACCUGGGAUGUCAUCAUCCGCAUCCUGGCUCCGCCCGACCACGACGAUCCCGAUGUGGAGAUGCGCACGCCCAGGCGCGGCAAGAAGGCCUCGCCGCAGCCCUGGGACACCAGGUCCCGGCGCAGUUCCCUGCCCACUCUGUACGAGUACGACAGCGAUGGCGGAUCGAGUGUGAGGACCAUCCGCAACGAUCCCAGCAUGGGCGGCAUCCUGAUGCCAGGCGGCGGUGUGGGUCCCGCAGGCGGACCCGGCGGACCCUUCAAUCUCCAGCGGUCGCGACGCAGCUCGCGCACCUCCUACCAAACGGAUCACAACGACUUCCGGUCCAUGUCCGAGGUGACGGUGGACUUUGGACGCCCCCAGAUGGACGCCCAUCCGGACAACGUGAGCGACGCCAGCAGCUACUACAGGAUGCAGUACUACGACGACGACGACCGGCGCUCCUUCCACCGCUCGCUCAGCCACCCGUCGCUGGCCCGCUCCGCCAGCGAGUUCACCGAGCACUGGACCGCCCCCGAGGAGCUGGAGGUGGAGGUCUCCUCGCCGGAGGGCACGCCGCACACUCGCCGGGCUCGACAGCCCGUGCCGUCGAGCCAGCUGGCCCUAAGCGGAACCGGAAGGAGCGGCGAGCGCAUCGUGGCCCAGAGCCAGACGCAGAGUGAGUACGUGGAGACCCACCGAAGGGUGUACCACGCCGAGAAGGAGAUGCCCUUGUCGCCGCGCAAGUGGUAGAGGAUCGCCGGAUCGGCGGAGUCCCUAAACAUAGUUCACAAUCGACGAAGCACGCCGCUCCGAAGAGGGGCAGACGAGUGUUCCGCCACCAUUCCCAGCAUCAGGACGAGGGAGUGGUAGGCAGACCAGCCUGUUCCACGAACGCCCCUACUUUUAAUUCGCAUUAAUGGGUCAUAUGAGUAAUAACCUUACAAUAAUUAACAAACGUGCCAAUUACAAUUGCCUGACAGAGUAAGCCACUGCAGGGGAGCACUUGGAUGCCAGUUGGAGGAGCCUAAUCCUUAAUGACCAGCACUUGCAUUCCGAAUUCCCCCAAGUGGUUUCGCCGAGACUUCGCAUUUAACCACAACGUUCUGAGGAUAGUUCUGAGCAAGAUAGUUAGCUAAAAGGGUGGUGUGCGGGAGUUGUAAUCUUAGUUAAAAGUGUUCUUUAGAUCCUACGCUGCCGUUGAUCUUCUGGAUAGGAAAUUCGUAUGAGCAGUCACAACUUGGGGCCCAGCGUCCCCAGUCUACUCAAUUAACUAGUAAAGCCCCCCAGUGUGUCGUCGAAAUUAGGUAUCCUAUUUUUCUAGUUACAAAUGUAUAUAUAUGCUUAUGUACAGAGAUCAAACUGCCACAGCCACAGGAUUUUGGAGGGAUUCGAGGGCCUGCAAAUAGGGUCCUGAAACGCAUACUCCAGGUGGUUCGGAUAGAUCACAGGUUGAAAUGAAAGUAUUACUACAGAAUAGUGUUUCCAAAGGCCACGGCUUCCUGAUACCUGAACAUUGGAAUGAGCACACAGCCUCAGACUACGGACUACCGAUCGAUGAUAUGGGGGCCUCAAUGGGAUUGACGCCCUUCCGAGGGGAUCACACAACACUUUCUCACGAUUAUCAGUUUUUUCGUAACAUAGUACUAAUCCGUCCAAGACAUAGACGUAAGUGUAAUUGAUAAACAAUAAUGAUAACAAUGCGCGAUUGCGACAUGCUGCAGCCUUAUAAACAAACUUACAUAUUUAAUUCGCCCUGCGGCGGGGCAAGCCCUGCGAAAAUGCGUGUAUCUAAAACAAUUUGAAUAAAUUAUAAAUAAAUAAAUAUACCCACUAACAAA